UUUCCCCAUCGCCAUUUUGAGCUGCUGUACCGGGAGUCUAGCAGGAGAGUCGUGACCAGUCCUUUUUACUGCCAUAUAGGUGUCCUGUCAACGUUGUCCCGCUCGAAAAUUCACUUAAGAAGACCGUGGCCUUUCGUAGUUGAAAGUACCAAUUUAAGGACACUUGCCUUUAAGUAUUUUUGUAUUAUUUUGUAUUGUGUGAGCAAGAAUGUCUGACAGUCCCGAAUACUCCCCGUUCUUUGCUGUGAUGGGCGCAUCAGCGGCAAUGGUUUUUAGUGCGCUGGGCGCCGCGUAUGGCACGGCUAAGAGUGGUACAGGCAUCGCUGCCAUGUCGGUGAUGCGCCCGGAGCUCAUCAUGAAGUCCAUCAUCCCGGUUGUCAUGGCGGGUAUCAUAGCCAUUUACGGGCUGGUUGUGGCUGUGCUUAUUGCCAACAACAUCUCAGAGAAGAUCACCCUCUUCAAGAGCUUCCUGCACCUGGGCGCAGGGCUGAGUGUGGGUCUGAGCGGUCUGGCUGCAGGCUUUGCCAUCGGCAUCGUAGGUGACGCAGGCGUCAGAGGUACGGCCCAGCAGCCCCGCCUCUUCGUCGGGAUGAUCCUCAUCCUCAUCUUUGCCGAAGUGCUGGGACUGUAUGGGCUCAUCGUGGCUCUCAUUCUCUCCACAAAAUAAACCACAAUUCCCACCAUCCUUUGCUGCUGGGAGGGAUGGGAGGGACAUGAAAAUUCUAGGAGUGGGAGAGGGAAGACUGAGCCUGAUUUAAACAAAAAAGUGUAAAAUGUGGGGGUUUAAAAAUCUAAAUAUUUAAAGAAAAAAAAAAGCUCCAUUACAAAUAUGGUCUUUAAAUGUGUACAGUUGUCUUAAUUUGAUAGUCAACUUCCUGUAAAUGCGCAAUGUAGUGGUUUCUUUUUUUUUUCUCUUUUUAAUUUUGUCUCCUGUGUGUAAAAAAGAAAAGAAAAAAAAAAGAAAGCAUAAUUCUUCUCUUUCCCAACCCCCUCCUCUCGCUCCUCUGUCCCAGUGGUCAGGCUUUGAGGUCCAGCUGUGUUCUUCCACGUCACAGACUGAUGACUUCACAUCUGACUGCUUCUGUCUCUCUCUCGUGGUCAUCUCCUGUGCUAGAGGGGUCUAAUUUGUGUGCUCCAUCUUACAAGGGAGCCGGACCUUCUCAGUGCAGGGGUGGCCAUCAGUAAACCGAAAAAAAAGAUCUUAUCUAUAUGUGGAUGAAAUGAAAUGAAUUGUAUGGAAUAGUUAUUUUGUUUAUUUUUUUUUGUCAUUUUUCCACUGAUUUUAUUUAUAUAAGAUAAUGAAACUGUGUACAAAUGGAGCAAAGAUAUUUGGAAUCCCCUUUAGUACAUAUGAUGUAUACAUAUAUACUACGAUAUACAUAUGAUCGAUAACUAUUAGUUAGCAAUCUGCACUGUGGGUUAAGUGUACCGUGAUUGGACAUCUUAUGGUUGUGUAAACCGGUUCUUCUGAGAUUGACGCUGGUGUGUGUCCGUGGGACUGGCAGUGUGUACGUUUGAUGUGUAACUGUAUUGACUUCUCGCACACGUGUGUUUCUCCUUUAGUAACUGCUGUCUGGUUGUAUUAAAGGUGUGUGUGCCCUGUUGUGGCUCUCACAAGUCUAAUUUCCAA